CACAUGCCUAUGCAAGCUAUCCUAAACUGUAGAUUAUAAAGCAGCUCCUCCCUCCCCUGCCUCAUGUGUAAGCAGCCCAGGCUUUCUGCUUCAGCUCACUUCUCUCCCCAUCACCAGGUCUGACAGCCACACUUCCAUGUCCCAUACCUCCAGGCUUUUUUACUAUAAAGGGAGAACAUACUUCACCCGCACGCUGCACAACCCUGCAAAAGCAAUUCUAUUCAAAACACUUCUUGCCUGGAAAGAAUAGACAGCAGACUGCAAAGAGUCUGCAGGGAAAUACUAAGCCAGGCAUUUAAAUACAAACAAACAAACACGAUGACCCGUCUGCGCAAACUGGACAAGCAAGCGCUGGCGGAUGCCCAAUGAGAUGCCAGCUUUUGUUAUUUAACUGAACUAUAUGAGAGAGGAUACUGCUGCAAAGCAAAGAGAAUGAUCCCUCCAAGCAGCACCAUGGGAGACAGUGUGGAGAAGGAGGAAGAACUUGGAAAUCCUGAACAGCCCCACUCUCCAGCUUCCACAAGUAGCCAGGAAUCAAAGCUCCAGAAACUUAAGAAAUCCCUAUCCUUCAAGACCAAGAGCAUACGGAGUAAAAGUGCAGACAAUUUCUUCCAAAGAACUAAUAGUGACAUGAAAUUUCAAGUAGAUUUAGAGCUAGAAGAUAGCCCAACCAGCAACAGAAGGAACCAAAGCUCAGAAACUCAGUCAGCAAGCCCUACCAAAGUAAUACAGCCGCCAGAUAACAAGACACACAUUUUCCAGGAACAUGUCUUUAAAAAACCCACAUUCUGCGAUGUAUGCAACCACAUGAUUGUAGGGACUAAUACAAAGCAUGGCCUGCGAUGCAAAGCUUGUAAAAUGAGCAUUCAUCACAAAUGCACGGAGACCAUCGCUUCUCAGCGCUGUAUGGGAAAACUGCCAAAAGGUUUUCGACGCUACUAUAGUUCUCCUUUACUUAUUCAUGAACAGUUUGGAUGCAUCAAAGAAGUAAUGCCUAUUGCAUGUGGAAACAAAGUCGAUCCUGUAUAUGAAGCACUCCGGUUUGGGACUUCUUUGGCACAGAAGACCAAGAAGAGCAGCUCUGGAAGUGGAUCUGACUCGCCAAAUCGGAGCUCUACUGCAGAUCUGGCAGAUGUACCUGAAGAAGGAGAUAGUUCAUAUUUAUUGGAUGUAAAUAGACAAAGAAGUGAUAGUGUUUUUAGCUACUUAGAAAAUGGUACAGAAUCUUACCUUGAAGAAGAGCAAGCAAAAGGCAUAUUAUCAACGGAAUCUUUAUUUAAGGAAUCAGUAGAUGCUUUUGUUGCCUUGUACAGAUUUAUACCACAGGAAAGUGAAGACUUAGCUAUGAGGCCAGGUGAUAUAAUUACUAUAUUGGAUGAUUCAAACGAAGAUUGGUGGAAGGGUAGAAUAGAAGAGAGAAUUGGAUAUUUUCCAGCAAAUUUUGUACAAAAGGUACAAACAAAUGAGAGUCUUUAUCGCUGCACAAGAACAUUUAUUGGAUGCAAAGAACAAGGGCAGAUUACACUUAAGGAAAAUCAGAUUUGUUCAAGUUCAGAGAAGGAGCAAAAUGGUUUUCUCAAAGUGGUCAGUGGGAAGAAAAGAGGCUUUGUACCCAUGGAUGUUUUGGAAAAUAUCUGACUGACUUGAAUGUUACCAUCAUCCAAGUUUUCAGGGGAUGCUGGUCUGCAUCAUGUGGUAUCAUGACUAAGAAGAGUCACACCGGCCACAGUGAAUGGAUACACAGAAGAGAGAUAAGAAAUCAGAAGAUUCCUAGGACUGUUAAAAACCAAGAACAGACUCUAAUAGGCUGUGUAGUAAAGCAUUACAGAUUAUGAGUUAUCCUUGCGUGGAAACAAAAAUGCUGCAGUGGUGAUAAUCAAAGAAGACAAAGCCUCUCGAUGUGUCUUAAAUAAGCUGCUCUGCUAAGUCUUACAUUUUUAAGGGCAGUUUCAAAGGAGUAGUAUCACAGUUAUGUAAUUGCCUUUAUGGGACGAGCUUCCUUCGUCAGUGUUCUCUUUUGUAACAUUGAAGUAAUCUAUUUACCUCCCUGUACCCAUGGUGUAAAAAGUACAGUAGACUGUAAGCUCUAUGGGGCAAAAACUGUGCCUGCUAACAUUUCUUGCAUAGCGUGGUGUACAGUAACUUAAUUCCGUUUUUUACUCUCUAAAUCAGGAUGGGAACAUAAAUGCUAAUAUGCAGUACUUCAGUCACGUGUAUCAUGUUUUUUUCUGUGCCAGAGGCAUGGAUUCUGGUCAUCAAUAUUUACUUCAUAUGUACAUUGAUUAAUUUAUUCAGCAUCCUUUUCAACACCAAUGUUACAAAGUACAUACAUCAGUCACUCCCUUUUGGGAUAUCAUUGCAUAUGUAAUAUGAAUGUGAAUGAAUUUUAGGAUACAUGUUAUGUUUCCUUUUUUGUACAAUCAGUGUUUUUUAUGUUUUCAUAAUGCGCAUAGAAAUGCCUAAUAAUGGAAGCCACAUUCUUUUUACAGUGUACAAAAUCCCCAGUUAGUUAUGCAGGCAGAACAUUUUUUUUAAAAAAGCAAAAAGGUUAUAUGCCCUGGGCAAACCAUUAGACCAUAUUAAUGGAGCCAUGAUGAACGUAAAACACAAUAUAUUUAUAUUUAUAUAAAAAAAAAAAUGUUGCCAAUAUGUCAAACAACAUAAAAAGACCUUGUUUAAAAUAUCUAUUUAACAAAGUCUUAAAAUGUUAUAAGCUAUUAUAUACAGUAUGUGAUCAGUAAUUUCAGUUUAGUAUAAUCUAGGGGAAGGCUGACAAUCGCGUCCUUCAACAGGGUUAGUGAACAGAAUGUCAAUGGUACUGUGCAUCAGCAUGGCUGUAUUUAGACAUUAUGCUGCCGAUGGUUCACCCAAAUGUAUCAUACAAUUGUUUUAGAAAAGAAUAGAAUGCACCUUUGAAGGUAGCAUGAGGUCUGUUUUAAAUGUAUACUGUUUAAAUGGUACUACGUUUCACUGUACAGACCACUCAACAGGAGAAAGAGGGCAUGAUAUUUCCCAAACUAAAGAAAGCCUUCUGACCCCUCUGUGUAUUGUUUGACCCCUCUGUAUAUCCCUUUUCCUGUGCAGUUUUCUUGCUGAAUUUGCAACUAUCCAUCAGAAACAGAAGACAGAAACAAAUGAAGAAAAUAAUGAUGCAAUUUGUACCUGAUCAUGCCCCUACUUAACUUACUGUUUAAUGUGUGUCCACAAAACUGUAGUUGGAUCAGAAUGAAGUUGGCACUUGAAAACAUUGUUCAAGGUUUUGGUUUUUCAGAGGUGAAGAUUAUAUUUAUGAGAACAGGUGACUAUGUGGAUUCAAAUUAACAGGCCAGAAAAUCAGCUCCAAGUUGGAAAAUAAAAUAACUUAGCACAGGGGUGCCCAACCUUUUGAAGAGCAAGGGCCACUUAAGCGACUUCGUAACCGGUCGCGGGCCAC